AUGUCAAAGAUAUUUUAUUUGACCCUGUUGGCGACGGUGUUAGCAUCGUCGUCACCGUUCCCAUCGCCUCCUUUAGAAGCCAGUGUCGCAUCUCAGACGGUUUAUGAUUUUCUUCCAAUUGCAUCGGACAGUCCUGUGAAAGACACUCUAGGAGGCGCAACGUAUCAACAGGUAGAAGAUACGAACUUCCGACUACGUCCUGUGUUAAAAGAACUGACCAAGACGGACUAUUUCAAAUAUUACAAGGUGGACCUUUCGCCUGAAUUGUGUCCAUUUAAUGAUGAUGAGCUGGGAAUGUGCGGAAAUAGAGCAUGUGCUGUAGAUGUGAUAGAUGAUGAGAGUGAGGUGCCAGAAUUUUGGAGAUCACAAUAUCUGGGAAAACUGGCUAAAGAUUCAGUAACUACAGAUCGUUUAUGGUCACCAGAUGACGAUGCAGUGGCGAGCAAGUUGUGCCGAGCCAAUGGUGUAAGCGUGGGACAUGAGUACUAUAAUGUUCUUCCAUCACCAUCUCCUCCAUCUAAAGACGAUUAUUUGGAUUCUGAAUUAGAAGAUACAAACUAUUGUUAUCCAGAAGACGAGUCGUUGUCAGGCCCUGGUACUUAUGUUUCCUUACCAGAUAAUCCAGAAAGAUUUACUGGAUAUGGUGGUCCACAUGCCAAUAAGGUAUGGCGUGCUGUAUACCAAGAAAACUGUUUUGGAUACUUUGGAGAUUCAAAUCAGGAUAGCGGUACUAGUAAUGCUGUUAGUAGUGGCGAUGGUUUUAGUGCUGGCCAGUUACAGCCAUCUUUACCUGCAGCAGGAAGCCUAUUGAGUUCGGUUCUCAUGGACUCUAACCGUUAUGAACGUCAAGAGGUGGGUGGAGAAUCUGGUCGCCAAGCUUUAAAUGCCGAGAAACAAUGUGUAGAACAACGAUUGUUUUAUAGAAUUCUGUCUGGUUUGCAAUCGUCAGUUUCUAGUCAUCUCUGUUAUGAGUACCUCAAUCAGACAACUGGUGAAUGGGUACCUAAUCUUGACUGUUUUAUGAGCAGAGUCGGAAAUCAUCAGGAGAGACUCGAAAAUCUAUACUUCAAUUAUGCUUUAGUUUCUAGAGCAGUGUCGAAACUACGAAAUUAUAUUGAUGAUCUUCACUUUAACAAUCAAGACGCAUCGGCGGACCAGGCUACCAGAAGACAGUUAUUAAGACUUAUCAAAUCGUCUUCCCCAGUGACGUACUCUAGAGCACAAGCAAAUGAUACAAACACACCUACAAGUGCCAGUUCUAGUCAACAGAAGCUGCUACUUUUUAAUGAGACAGCCAUAUUCUCGUCUCCAGAGGGUCGUGCUUUGAAGAGCGAAUUCCGUAAGAGAGUUCGCAAUGUUAGUGCACUCAUGAGCUGUGUUGGCUGUGACAGAUGUCGUCUGUGGGGUAAGCUUCAAACAGCAGGAUACGGAACUGCUUUGAAGCUGUUAUUUGAACUACCCGAGAACCCUGCUGAUGACCCCGAACUGUGUUCGACAGUCAUGAGCACAUUCCGCAGGUCUGAGCUUGUUGCUCUUAUCAAUACACUUGACCGAUUGUCGAAAUCGAUUGAAGCCGUCACCUACUUCCGCAACGAGCUGCAGAGCCAAGCUGUCGAAGCCGAAAAGCUGGCCGAGAGGUCGGAGUUCCAACAAGCGUGGGACUCUGAGCUCGAGGGUGCAUGGACAGCACUAAAAUUCGUGUUCCGCUCCUAUGUCGAGCUUCCCAAAAACCUGUGGACCCUAUUUAUUCAUUAUUCCGCCAUUUACUGGAACCGAUUCAUCGGUCGCGAUGCUCUCACCGCUCAAUACUACCAUCUCGAUCUCUAA